CUUCUUGUCUUCUCCUAAUCUCAAGGUCAAACACCCAACUCAUAUCUCUCUCCAACCCAAUUCGCAUCUCUCUCUCACCAAAACUACGUCUCUCUUUCUCUCUCUAAACCCCAUCUUUUUCUCACUCCGACCCAACACGGUUUUGACUCUAACUUCAUUAUUUUUUUCUUUUUUGAAGAAAAAAGAAAUUGGGGGAGUAAACAAAAUCAACCAAUGAAAAACACUUCACAAAAGCACAGAAAACAAAUCAAAACAUAGCUCAAUAUUAUUUUCUUUCUCUGCCCUCAGAGUCUCUCGAUCCAUGGGAGAGGAAGAACCGAGGAAACCCAAAAUUGAAUGAGAGUUGGGUAUUGGGAUUGAAAUUGAGGAAACCCAAUUCGUAGGUUGCAAAUCCAAUGCGGGAAUCGAGAAGAAACGGAGAAACAGCUUGGACAAAGGGGCGGAAGAGAUCAGGAAAAGAGGGAGUUGAGUAUUGUGGGUGCAGAUCUGAUGGUGGGUUUUUUGCGUGUGUUGGUGGGCUUUGGAAGUUGGGGUUCUAGGGUUUUGAUUGCCCUGAAGCCGCAUAGACGACGAUGCAGCUUCACUUCUCUCCUAGCAUGAGAAGCAUCACGAUCUCGAGCAGCAAUGGGUUUAUUGACUUGAUGAAGAUCAAGGUCGCAGCUCGCCAUAUCUCUUAUCGCACUCUUUUCCACACAAUCCUCAUCUUGGCAUUCCUCUUACCCUUUGUCUUCAUUCUCACUGCUGUUGUUACCCUUGAAGGUGUCAACAAGUGCUCAUCAUUCGAUUGUCUAGGCAGGCGGUUGGGACCAAGGCUUCUUGGUCGAGCAGAUGAUUCAGGGCAGAGGCUAGUUAGAGAUUUUUACAAGAUCCUCAAUCAAGUGAACACUGAGGAACUCCCAGAUGGUCUAAAGCUUCCAGAUACAUUCAGUCAACUUGUUUCUGAAAUGAAGAACAAACAGUAUGAUGCAAAGACAUUUGCUUUCAUGUUACGGGCAAUGAUGGAGAAGCUUGAAAGGGAUAUCAGGGAAUCAAAGUUUGCAGAAUUGAUGAAUAAACACUUUGCAGCAAGUGCCAUUCCAAAAGGCAUUCACUGUCUGUCUCUUCGUCUGACUGAUGAAUAUUCCUCUAAUGCUCAUGCGCGAAAACAGUUGCCUUCUCCAGAAUUACUUCCUCUACUCUCUGACAACUCUUACCAUCACAUGAUUGUGUCAACUGACAAUAUCCUGGCUGCUUCAGUUGUUGUCAAUUCUGCUGUUCAGUCAUCUCUACAACCUGAGAAAAUAGUAUUCCAUGUCAUCACUGACAAGAAAACAUAUGCGGGUAUGCACUCAUGGUUUGCACUAAAUCCAGUCUCACCUGCUAUUGUUGAAGUGAAAGGCGUUCACCAGUUUGACUGGUUAACAAGGGAGAAUGUUCCGGUGCUUGAAGCUGUAGAGAGCCAUAAUGGAAUCCGGAGUUACUACCAUGGGAAUCACAUUGCAGGGGCCAAUCUCAGUGAGACUACUCCACGAAGAUUUGCUUCGAAAUUGCAGGCUAGAAGUCCUAAGUACAUUUCCUUGCUCAACCAUCUCCGCAUAUAUAUACCAGAGCUCUUUCCAAACCUCAACAAGGUGGUCUUCUUAGAUGAUGAUGUUGUAAUUCAGCGUGAUCUCUCUCCACUCUGGGAAAUUGACCUUGAGGGAAAGGUUAAUGGAGCUGUAGAAACCUGUAGAGGCGAAGAUGAGUGGGUAAUGUCCAAGAGAUUCAGAAACUACUUCAACUUUUCGCAUCCUCUCAUAGCAAAGAAUUUGAAUCCUGAUGAAUGUGCAUGGGCUUAUGGGAUGAACAUCUUUGAUCUAAGUGCAUGGAGGAAGACCAAUAUAAGAGAAACUUACCAUUCUUGGCUGAAGGAGAAUCUGAAGUCAAACCUGACUAUGUGGAAGCUUGGAACCCUACCUCCUGCUUUGAUUGCAUUUAAAGGUCAUAUUCACCCAAUCGACCCAUCCUGGCACAUGCUUGGCUUGGGCUACCAGAAUAAGACCAACAUUGACAGUGUGAAAAAGGCUGCUGUUAUCCACUACAAUGGCCAGUCAAAACCAUGGCUGCAGAUUGGCUUUGAGCAUCUACGGCCAUUUUGGACCAAGUAUGUUAACUACUCCAAUGAUUUUGUUAGGAACUGCCACAUCUUGGAGUCAUAAUCAUUCAGCUGGAGGAGCUAAAACAAGAGAGAUGGGAAGGAUAAGAUAUAAAUGAUAUGGGGUUUCGCCUAAGUAUUUUUUCUUUUUGAUCUCAAAAUUUUCUGGAGAUCUAUUGGAGGAGACAAACAGAAAAUUAGCCAAAGAGGGUAAUACUUUCCAGAUCCAGAUUUGCUGCUGUCUCCUCACACUUUCGCUGAAAGAGGACCUGGAUCACUAGAACGGGCAUGAGAUUUAUUCUUUCAAUCUGUAACAUAGCAAUCCGUCCUUUAUUUUUUGGUUGGAAAAAGGAUACUUUAUUUUGGUCUUCUUGAGGGGGGUCUUGCCUGAUUUCCUAGAGCAUAGAAUGGAAUAAGGAAAUGCGAUGCCAUCAUUCAUGCAGUUCGCUCGUGAUAGAAGGAAAGCUAUGACAGGUCUUUUGUGAGGCCACCCUAUUAGCCCCAGAAAUGUUUUUUCUCUUGAUUAUUUUUGUUGUUUAUCAUUUCUUAUUAGUACCUCCCCAUUUUUUCCCCUGAUUUCAUUUCAUCAUGGUGAUUCUUAGGAGUAGGUCAUGAAGAUUGCUCUGUUACAGAUCCCAUUGAAUUGGGGAACCAUCGUUUAGGUUAUAUAUCGGUAUUUGUUCUGUAUGAUUCACGAGAGACAUUUGAAAUGUGCAGAAAAUUCUUUCUUUCUUUUUCUCUUUUGCUAUUCAGACUCCGAAUUACUAUUUGGAAUAUAAUGCAAAUGAUUAUCUAAUUUUCAUA